GAAAGAAACACACUUGUCUAUAUCUCAUUCUUCUCUUUUUCACCCUUGACUAGAAAUCUGAAUCAAUGCAUAGGUCCAUCUAUGCUUUUGUGAUUGGAUAUUCAGGAAAGAGAAAAGUCAUAGGUGGCAAAGGUCUCAGAAAAGGAUUUGUUGGGAACAUGGAAAAAAGAAAUCUAACAGUUGUCAGGGAAUUCGUUCUUCUGGGACUUCCUAGCUCAGCAGAGCAGCAGCACCUCCUGUCUGUGCUCUUUCUCUGUAUGUAUUUAGCCACCACCUUGGGGAACAUGCUCAUCAUUGCGACGAUUGGCUUUGAUCACCUCCAUUCCCCUAUGUACUUCUUCCUUAGUAACUUGGCCUUUGUUGACAUCUGCUUUACGUCGACUACAGUCCCCCAAAUGGUAGUGAAUAUCUUGACUGGCACCAAGACUAUCUCUUUUGCAGGCUGCCUCACCCAGCUCUUCUUCUUCGUUUCUUUUGUGAAUAUGGACAGCCUCCUUCUGUGUGUAAUGGCGUAUGAUAGAUAUGUGGCGAUUUGCCACCCCUUACAUUACACCGCCAGAAUGAACUUGUGCAUUUGUGUCCAGCUAGUGGCUGGACUGUGGCUUGUUACUUACCUCCACGCCCUCCUGCAUACUGUCCUAAUAGCACAGCUGUCCUUCUGUGCCUCCAAUAUCAUCCAUCAUUUCUUCUGUGAUCUCAAUCCUCUCCUGCAGCUCUCUUGCUCUGACGUCUCCUUCAAUGUAAUGAUCAUUUUUGCAGUAGGAGGUCUAUUGGCUCUCACGCCCCUUGUCUGUAUCCUCGUAUCUUAUGGACUUAUCUUCUCCACUGUUCUGAAGAUCACCUCUACUCAGGGCAAGCAGAGAGCUGUUUCCACCUGCAGCUGCCACCUGUCAGUGGUGGUGUUGUUUUAUGGCACAGCCAUCGCCGUCUAUUUCAGCCCUUCAUCCCCCCAUAUGCCUGAGAGCAACACUCUGUCAACCAUCAUGUAUUCAGUCAUAGCCCCGAUGCUGAAUCCUUUCAUCUACACCCUAAGGAACAGGGCUAUGAAGAGGGGACUUCAGAAAAUGCUUUUCAAGUGCACAGUCUUUCAGCAGCAAUAAUGACCUCAGUGACUGAAUUAAAUAAUACUAAUGUGGUGAUGAGAAAGUGUGACUAGAUGCUCACAAUAACAGUGAGAAGAGAAACCAACAGCUAUUAAAUGUCUCCCUUAUGCCGGAAAUCGUGUUAAGCCCUUUAUAUGAAUUAUCACAUUAAAUCCUCUGAGUAAAUAUAUAAAAACCAUAUAGCAUUCUGUAUACAGAAAGUGAAUCUUAGGGAAGUUAAAUAGUCUGCAUACAACCCAUAGCUGAUAAAUAGUUUCUGACUCCAGUACAAAUAUACCUUAGUGAUGAGAAUCUCUGUGAUAUAGUUCCCAAAUGCUACAUAUUAAGAUAAAUUUUCCUAAACUUCUUGUCUGUGAGUUCAGAUUUAGAAUUAAAGGGGCAUAAAUUCUAAUGUUAAUUCAACAAUGUGGUAGAACACAUUUUAAAUAGUGAGUCUUCUUAAAAAUCACUAAAAUAAUUUAUUCAAGUUUUAAAGUAUGUAUGCUUUCCUCCAAUCUCCUCUCACUUCAAAUACAGUCAAUGAUUUUAUUCUAUUGACUCAUGUCCUUGUCAUGUGUGUCCCUAAUUGAUCUCAGGCAUGGAGGAACUCAGAAUCUCCCAGCCAUCUUUACAGGGCAGAGGCUAGCUGAUCUCCCCCAACAACUAGGAGUGCUUUGGAUAUACAAUAUCUUUAGAGAAGAGAUCAGGUUCUCAGCUGCAUUUUUCAUAUGGGGAAUACAUUAACUUCUUUCAAAACAAAGCCUCAUGCCCAAUCCCUUGGGUUUUAUUUUAUCUUGCUUUCCUAACAAAAAAUUAACAUACUGUAUGCAAAAAUAAUUAUAUUUGAGGUCAUUCAAUUAAAUUGACUCCGUUUAAGAUAUUAACCAUCCAAUCCAAUCAGUUGUUUAUUCAACCUAUUCCGGUUCCUUUCUACAAUUUUACAUCUGAGAAUGAACUAAGAUCAUUUCUGCCUGUCCUUUUCUAGAAUUAAAAUGUCUGCUCACAGACCUCUGUAAUUUCUUGAACGAACACAUGUAUAAUAUUUAAAACCUUAUAAACACACACGUGCACCCUUUCUCAAGGAAGACAAAAUACAUACAUACAUAAGAAAAUUUAAAUCCAUUCAGGGAAAAAAAGUUUCUUCAAAAAAGCAACAAUGUUGAUAUAGAUAUUUUAGCUCUUCUAACAUGUAUACCUAAUUUAUAAUACCAAAUAGGGUUUAAAAAAUACCUAUUAGGAGCUAUGUUUAUCACAUGGGUGAUGAAAUAAUAUGUAUACCAAACUCCUGUGACAUGCAAUUUACCUGUGCAAAUCUGCACAUGUACCCCUGAAUCUAAAAUAAUAGUUUAAAAAUGUAGAUUCUCAGAAUAUAAAUAAAUAAAUAAAAGCAUUGGUGAAGUAAAUUGUAACUUCAGUUUUACCCAAUAAAAAUGGGUAAGACGUGUCUGUAGUUAAAAGAUUAUGUCACAAAAGUGAAUUCAAUCCUUCACUAGAGUGUAGGUGUAGAAAACUGUUUAAGCUUAGAAGUUUCGGUGCAGGACACUGCUAGGGUUUAGAGACCAUCCAUGUUAGGCUUUCAAAUAUCCCCCAGGACAGUUUCAGAUUGGGCAGCCUACUACCCCAUGACAUCCAAUAUUAUAUUGACAUACUGAUUUCAUUUCUCUUGGAUGUAUACCCAAUAGUGAUUGCUGGGUCGUACAGUAGUUCUAUUUUUAAUUUUUUGAGUAAACGUCAUACUGUUUUCCAUAAGGGCUGUACUAAUCUACAUUCCCACCGAUAGUGAAGGAUUCUUUUUCCUCCAUACCCUCAUCAAACUUUUUUAUCUUUUGACUUUUUUCAUAGCCACUCAGACAAGUGUGAGGUGCAUCUCACUGUGGUUUUAAUUGGCAUUUCCCUUAUGAAUAACGAUUUUGAGCAUUUUUUCAUAUCUGUUGGCAAUUUGAAUGUCUUCUUGUGAGAAAUGUCUAUUCAAGUACUUUGCUGUUUUUAAAAAUUGGGUUAUUUGGCAGUUUUUUGCUACUGAGUUAUUUGAACUCCUUAUAUACUUUGAAUAUUAACUCCUUAUCAGAUGUAUGAUUUGCAAAUAUUUUCUCCCAUUUUGUAGGUCAUCUCUUCAUUCUGCUGGUUGUUACCUUUGCUGUAAAAGACUUUUAGUUUAAUUUACUAGCGCUUGUUAAUUUUAGUUUUGUCAAUUGUGGGAGUCAUAUCUAAAAGAUUAUCAUGCAUACCAAUGUCAUAGAGCUUUCCCCCUGUGCUUUCUUCUAUUAGUUUUAUAGUUUCUGGUCUUCUGUUUAUGUGUUUAAUAUAUUUUGAGUUGAUUUUUGUAUAUGGUGUCAGAUAAGGGUCCAAUUCCAUUCAUCUUCAUAUGGAUAUUCAGUUGUUCUAAAACCACUUAUUGAAGAGAUGGUCCAUUCCAUAUUGUGUGUCCUUACCACCUUUGUCAAAGAUCAAUUGACCAUGAAUGUAUCAAUUUAUUUCUAUGUGUCUAUUUUUAUGCCACUACCAUGCCAUUUUUGAUUACUGUAUCUUUUUAUUGCAUUUUAAAAUUUAAUUGGAAUAAAAUAAUCAUACACACUUAUGGGAGUACACAAGGAUGUUUUGAUAAAUAUAAUGUACAGAUAUCAGAUCAAG